CCACCAUUCAACAUCCCCAACAUUUGCUUUGUUCAUGUUGCUCUUGCCAGUAUUGACGAUGCGGCUGUCACUAGAACCUAUCUUGUUGAGGAGUUUAUUGAUGAGGCCACAGAAAGCAAGUUCAUCAAAUACAUCUCCAAUGACUCGCCUUCCCCACUACCCAAUCUCAACACCAAAUCAAGCGAGAUUGCCAGGUAUCUGUCAUUUGCGCAACAUGUCCAGUAUAUCAAAACGAAGAAACUUGCAUACAUUGCUGACUUUCAGGGAGGAACAACCCUUUUGACCAAUCCUCAAAUCAUUACUUCACCAAAUCUUUCUGGGAACUUAUUUGCGGAAGGCAACCUGACGCACAUCUUCACUUUGUUUGAGGAGAAGCAUGCAUGCAAUGAAUUUUGCAAGUUUUUUCAACUUGAGACAUUCAUAACA